GUCUUUCCUCUGUAUAGUAUAAUCUUGCUGCUCAUUUUAUUUCGUUACAAUGUUCACCUAAAAGGACUUUAUCUCACCUCUCUUCUUGGCACUGUCUCCCUCCAUCUCUCUCUGAUCAGUUGGUUUCGCUCCCCCUCUGUUCUCAGAGUGACCGAGGGCUCUGUCCUAUUUUUAACCCUUUCCUGCCCAACCGCCAUUUUAUUUCAGGCUUUUCACGUAGCACUUCUUACUGUCAGGACGAAGAGGAAGUGGGUGUGGUUUAUGGAGGUCACCCUCCUCCUUAUCACUUUCCUUGUCUCCAAUACUUCACUGUUGAGUCAUCCUACUACUGGAGUAUUGCUGAGAGCAUGGGUGUGGAUCAUGGACCUAACACGCCCACACUAAUUAUUAUUGAUUUUAAGAGCCAGCUAACUUUUAGUUUUAACAUCAGCGAAGAGACAACAGUGGAUGAUUAUGUAAGUAUCGUUGAAUCAACUGUCAAAGGCCAAGCGCACCUGAUAUAUCGGAGUAGGCAUGGUCAGGAUAACCAGUCAAACGAGUUUGUCCAGGAACUGAAUUCUGAUAGUUUUAUUUCGGACGUGUUGCAUGAGGAAGAACAGGUGAUAUUAGUGUUCCAUUACACUGGAUGGUGUGCUGCCUGUACUUAUGUUUGGCCUCAAUUGUCAUCAUUAGGGACACACUUGAAGACGAGGAACAUUACUUUAGUCAAACUAACAAGGAUUAACAAUCAAUAUAACGACCUACCUAGGUGUCACUCUCCAUCAUUCUACCCUUCGAUUGCACUGUAUCAAAAAGGAAGGAAACAUUUGCCUAUUUGGUAUCCAUCAGAUCAUGUAAUCAACUCCGAAAACUUGCUUGUAUUUUUAUCUGAAGUGGACGGAGUCAGGAAAGAAGAGGAGGAGCUCGAAAGUCUCAAUGCUAGAGAAGAAUGGGACUCGGUGGGCUGGUCACUAUGGGAAAAGGCUGAGCAGGAGAAGGCCGGGCUUGAAGAAACUAAUCAAAAAUUGAACAGGCAAAUACAAGAACUGAGAUCAAAGAUUGAGGAAUGCAAACAAGUUGGAGGAGGAGAGAGAGAGAAGAGAGAGGGUGACCUUGAUGCGUUCUCACUCCUUGGCCAGGUGGAUGGUUUCGUGGGACAAUUAUUAUCAGAAAAAGGAGACCGAGAGAAAUAGCAAAUGAUUGUUUUUAUGUUACGUUUAUUUCACUGAUUUUGUAAUCCAAUAUUAAUAAUAAUUAUUUAAUAUCCGAAAUAUGUCACAGAACUA